AUCGAUAAGAAUAUUCUGAUAAAUGAUAAGAUAUACAAGGUCAUAUUAAAUAAGAUCGAGACUUAUGAAAAUAAAUUUUUCCAUCAAUUCUUAUCAACUGUUAUACAACAUAAUGAGUCAAUGGUUACUUCCGAUGACCACACCAUCGAUGACAUGAUACAUUCAUUACUUAAUAAAAUUAACCUGGGUUUGAUUACCACUAAUGACGAGCCAUUAUUAGGCAAAAUGAAAGAAAUUCAAGUGAAUGAGAACCACAUCAAAAUAAAAAUCGAGGAGAUUAGGCGCGAGUUAAAGAAACCUGGUAGACUUAUAAAGUUACUGGAUGCCACUGGACUGCACCAGGAGGCUAUUGGUAUGGCUGAGAUGUUCCGCAUGGAGGAGCCCUGGCCUUACACUAAUGACAUGGAUUUAAAAGUCAUAAACGCGUCAAUACUGCGAUCCGGGAGUUCCCGAUACUUUUUAAUGGAGUUCCAGCCCAGAGGGCGAGCCAUAGUGUUUGUGACCACAGAUGGUCUGAUGGAUGAGGCGGACAGAUGGGCGUCCAUUUUCAAACAACUAGGAUUCCAGUACGCCGUGUAUCGGGACGCCACUUGCAUUCAGAUAAGAGAUGUGCUGGAGGUUAUCCGGGAUAAGCCAUUCGACGCCAACGCCUUGUUUGUGGUGUUUAUUGGCGGCGGAUAUAAUGAAAAUAUCUGCGGAUAUGGUAAUAGACCCCACAAUGAGAUGUCGUUCACAGAUAUUGUGGACAUAUUUUCCGACAGAAAUCCUACCAAACAGUUGGAAACGGAUCAAGAGAUUGAAAAACAUAUACAUAUGAAUUAUAAUUUACCCCGCACCUAUGUCAUCUACACACACUCCAAAUCUAUGGAUUCGUGGCGUAACCCCACAGAA